GCCUGCUGCUAGCUUGUUUAUCUGUAGGCCAGUAGAACUGCGUAUAACUAUGUAAUACUCGUUAGUAUUUCUAUCUACACAGUUUCUUAGCUAACACUUAGUCACUUUAACCGCAGCCCUGAAAGCUAGUGAAAGCUAGUGAAAGCUAGUUAAAGCUAGCUAAACAUGUCAUUGUUCUGCAGCUGUAACACUGAUAUUACAUUACUUAGACUCCAUUAGGACUUGUUCUAAGUGAAAAGAAACUAAAUCCAGCCUACUUUUUAAUCCAUAGAUAAAUCUCCAAAAGGGUAAAUAAAAAUAAAAACCCUGUGUGGUUAUCCAUGGUGCUUAUCUCCUGUGUAGGAGGUUAGUUAUUUUUGCAAGUUAGUCCUGAACCAGACUUCUGUUCAGUUCUGUGCUAGAUCUGGAGAAACAAAAGGAUCAAGACUUGAAUGUUUUUAAGUUAAUCCUCGUGUGUUUAUAUAUCUGUCAUAGUAUGUGAAGUUUCUCAUAAUCUUCAAGUUUGUUGGCUUGCUAGAACUGUGUAUUACAGUCCUGGUUUUCAUGUACAGUCUUUGCUAAAUAUUCUUGGGGGAAAUAGUGCAUUCACAUUGAUCUAAAUGUAGGACUGAGAAAGUGCAAUAAAGAACGAGAAAGAGAUUUUAUUUAUUAACGUUUAAUUUCUCAUGAACAAUUUGGAAUGGUUUCUAUUUAUCAAUGUAUUUAUUGAUUUGUUGUUUUUCUUUUUAUUUAUUUAUUUAUUUGCUAGGCAGGAGACCAUGUUUUAAUAAUUUAUAAAAAAAAAAAAAAAACCUGGAAGGAAAAUAAAUAAAUAAAAAUUGUCCAGUAUUUACUUAAUUCUGUCUAUUUUUGCGGUCCUUCAAAUGAAACUAUUAUCAACACGACUCUGUGUGAUUCAUGAACUUUUAUCGAUUCAUCGAUUAUCUGUUAGAAAACAAAGUGGUACUAAACUGUACCUUUCGUUGUUCUGUGGAUCUUUUGUACCUUUAAUAUGUAUCUUUUAGCUGGAAAUGUUGAUAUGGUGUACGUUUAAACAAACCAAAAAAAUGCACUAGGUAAUAGAUACAUACUAAAGGUACAAAAUGUACACCCUUGUGUGUAGUACCAUUCAGUGUCAAGGAAUGGUCACUGUUUAAUAGCUGUUUUUCUAUGAGUGAAGUACACUUUUAAGCAGGUAAGUAGCCAUAACUAUGUGAAGAACCCUGUUUUCUAAUAGCGUACCACUUCUUGUCACAACAUUGCCAGCAGGCGUCCUUUGGCCCAUUUAUUUUCUCUUCUAGCAACAAAAGCUGCCCGCCUACUUUUUAGAGAAGAGGGGUUUUUUUUUUCUUCAUCGUUCCAGUUUUGGCUGAAAUUGUAAGCAAGCGAAAAUACCAACCACUCUUCUCGAAAAAUAGGUUUGCCCUUGGGUGAGUGAUAUGAUGUCAUGGCUUUGGUGUUCAUUUCAGACAGCCUUGUCUUGGAGAAAUCUCUUUCCUUUAGCCCUUAGGCCUCCAGUGUGUUUGUACAAGUCAGCAUUCAUGAAUUAUAGGAUUAACAUUUGAGCCUAAUAGAUAUAAAGAUGACUACGUCAUGGAGUGACCGCCUUCAGCAUUACGCAGACCUCCCAGCGAACAUGGACGGGUUGGCUAUGAAGAAAUACAGACGGGAGGCAUAUCAUAGGGUAUUCGUGAACAGAAGUUUGGCAAUGGAGAAGAUCAAAUGCUUUGGUUUUGACAUGGAUUACACUUUAGCAGUGUAUAAAUCUCCAGAAUACGAGUCCCUGGGUUUUGACCUGACUGUUGAGCGACUGGUUUUUAUUGGCUACCCACAGGAACUGCUCAGCUUUGUCUAUGAUCCAUCCUUCCCCACCAGAGGUCUGGUGUUUGACACGUUGUACGGCAACCUCCUGAAGGUGGAUUCCUAUGGAAACAUCCUGGUGUGUGUUCAUGGCUUUAACUUCCUGCGUGGGCCUGAAAUCCGAGAGCUCUACUCCAAUAAAUUCAUCCAGCGUGAUGACACUGAACGCUUCUACAUCCUUAACACUCUCUUCAAUCUGCCAGAAACCUACCUCUACGCCUGCCUCAUCGACUUCUUCUCCAAUUGCGACCGGUAUUCGAGCUGUGAGACAGGCUUCAAAGACGGAGACCUCUUCAUGUCCUUCAAGAGCAUGUUCCAGGACGUGCGAGACGCUGUCGACUGGGUCCACUUUAAGGGAACGCUGAAGGAAAAAACAGUGGAGAAUCUGGAGAAAUAUGUGGUGAAAGAUUCUAAGCUGCCUCUGCUGCUCAGCCGCAUGAACGAAGUUGGCAAAGUGUUCCUGGCCACCAACAGUGACUACAAAUACACAGAUAAAAUCAUGUCCUACCUGUUUGAUUUCCCUUACGGCCCAAAGCAAAGCCCUCCGCAUCGCCCAUGGCAGUCGUACUUCGAUCUAAUCCUGGUGGACGCACGGAAGCCACUGUUCUUUGGCGAGGGCACUGUACUGCGGCAGGUCGAUACGACCACCGGGAGGCUCAAGAUCGGAACAUAUACUGGCCCUCUGCAGCACGGAAUAGUCUAUUCUGGAGGUUCCUCAGACAUCAUGUGUGACCUUUUGGGCGCUAAAGGGAAGGACAUCCUCUACAUUGGGGACCACAUCUUUGGAGACAUUCUGAAAUCCAAAAAACGCCAAGGUUGGAGGACGUUCCUGGUGAUCCCCGAACUCGCCCAGGAGCUGCACGUCUGGACCGACAAGAGCUCGCUGUUUGAAGAGCUCCAGGGUCUGGACAUUUUCUUGGCAGAGCUGUAUAAGCAUCUGGACAGCAGCAGCAAUGAGAGACCAGACAUUAGUGCCAUCCAGAGGAGAGUGAAGAAAGUGACCCAUGACAUGGACAUGUGCUACGGCAUGAUGGGUAGUCUGUUCCGCAGCGGCUCUCGACAGACCCUGUUCGCCUCGCAGGUGAUGCGCUACGCCGAUCUGUACGCUGCUUCCUUCAUCAACCUGCUGUACUACCCAUUCAGCUACCUUUUCAGAGCUGCACACGUACUGAUGCCACAUGAGUCCACGGUGGAGCACACGCACGUCGACACGGACACCGAGUCGCCGCUGGCUACACGCAACCGCCACAGCGUCGACUGCAAGGAAAUAGACUGCAAACGCAGCCAGCUGACACGCUCCCUGAGCGAAAUCAAACCCCCUAACCUGUUCCCCCAGACUCCACAGGAGAUCACACACUGCCAUGAUGAAGACGAUGAUGAGGAGGAGGAGGAAGAGGAGGAGGAGGAGGAAUAGAUGACUCUCCUUCAGUCAGGCCUGACCUUUUCUUCAAUUCCCUAAGGGAAACAUUUAACUUUAGUGAAGGGAACAAUAGUGAGGGAUUUUUAAGACAAAAAGAAAAUUGAGUUUAACUAUUACAGGUUUUUUUUUUUUUUUGACUAUAUGAGAAUGUGUAGCAUGUGAGAGUCAAGCUCAAUCGGUUUGUGUGUCAAAGUUUGGCUUGGCUGAAGACCCCCUGAAAAUGUUUGCAGUUUUUCUUUUUUUUUUUUUUUUUUUUUUUAGUUUUACAGUUAACAGUAUAGUUAGAAGAAUAACAGCAAAGCACAUAUUUGAUUAACGGUAAGCUAUAAAAACCCGAACUGAUAUGGGACAUGUAUUCUAAUGAGUUUACAGUAUGUUGGAGAUGCACGACUCUUUUGUGAAGGUCAGCCAUAUGACAAAUGCUCACACAAGCAGCUAUGCUUCAUAUUAGAUCCAUUCCAGCCUGUUAUUUAUGAAUGGUCUAGACAUCUAGAUAUCUAACAUGAGAAACAUUAUGCAUCAUACUGUAUAUGAGUCGGAAAUGUUCAAACGAGCAGUUUAUUUUGACCUUACUCACUGUACAUAGUCAGCAGAAUAACCCCACUGGGUUCCCACUGUUUCUGGGCUCAUGACAGAAAUUUUUUAAAAUCUUUUUUUUUUUUUUUUUUUUUAAACACAAGCCUUUGUUUCAUUUGAACAUCGUUUGUCUGUACAGCAGAUUUUGGCUAAAUGCUGCCUCAUACAGGACUUGAGAGGAAGUGCAAAGCAUGUGUGUUGGCAUGAUGUGCCUCUUAUUAGAGAGCUGUUCAUGAUAGGAAUGUAAAUGAAGUCCGGAGGGGGUCUGCAGCGCGCCGUGAUGGCCAACGUGACGGCUACGAAAGAAUGCCACUAACACAAGCGCCCCUGUUACUUGGCAACCGCUGUGCCAGGCGAACCACAUAAGGCUAGUUAGAUGGUUUUGUUUUUGUUUUUAUUUUUUAAUGGCAGUGAUGUCAGCUGCCAGGUAUAGUGCUAUGCAGCAAAGCAAGCUGUCAACAGAGGCACUUUUUCUCAAUCACACACACUCACUACAAUGUACCGGCAUAUUUUUAUACUCGACGUCUCCGUUUGUGGAGAUAAACUACCAAAAUUUGAAUCUUUCCAGCGCCAUAUUGAUAACAGUCAUUUCUAGCCAUGCUAUUUGCCACGCUGUGCAUAAAAGUGACCUUGAUAUGCAAAAAAAAUAAAUAAAAAUAAAAAAAACUCUUGUAAAUAGUGUACUUUAUAGCUGGUGUGAGUAGAGAAUUUAAAUAUAUGUGGAUAUAUAAAAUAUAUAUAAGUAUCGGAUUUAGCGUGCGUUGAGCUCAGCAGAUCUUGCGGUUCAGAGUAGUUCAGAUUAGCGUGCGAUUUCAUUGGAGAGUUUACUCCUUUGAGGACCAAUAGCGUUAAGAGCACUCUGAACAGUGAUCUUUUCAACUCAGCAAGGUCCUUAUAGCAGAGGUGCCAACAUCUACAGUUAAGCUGGAGCAUUUACUAGUUUUGACCCCUUACCAAGGCGACACGGGAGGCACGUAAAACCUAAACUGUUCGGCUUUUUCAGAAAAAGCGGCAGAACGAUCACGGAUAAAAAUUGCCCGACAGGAAAGGGAAAGACGUGAAAGACACUCAUUUGCGUUACUUGUGCGUCGCUCCAACGCGAUCUUGGUGUACCUUGAGCGGUGAAUUCACAAGCCUCCGUCUUAUCAGCCAGUAGAAAACAAGUAGGCAGAACCGCAGCCUAUUUCUUCAGUAGAAAAUGGAGGAGCUGCUUAUUUGUUCCUGCUGCUUGGCGCACAUCUGGAAAAAGUCGCCUUCUCGUCCGCCAACCCGCACAAGGCCGGGGAUAUUCAAUUAAAAUUUGUAAAGGUCCAGCUGGAUAAGUGACUAACAUGACGGUCUGUCGAUAACAGUUAACCAUUCAUGAUUAGUUUAGGUCUACAAAUAAAACAAACCAGAGUGGUUAUAUUUUCUUUCGCACUUGCGCUCCAUGUUACCGCUUUUGACUAAAGCCACGGACUCUGAACAGAUGAGACGUCUGUUUGGAAUAAACACAUGCUUCUCUGUCCAAUCAUCUUUGUCAGCUUUAUAUAUUUAUUUUUUUUAAACAAAACAACCUAUGUUGUCAGUUUGCUGAACAGACUAGAGAAGGUAAUAAAACUAAAACUCUGUGAAAGUUAUGAGACCUAAUGUCUCUAGCGGUGUAGUAUUCUCUAGUAUUGAAUCAGCUAGAUUCAAUGAACUACAGCUAGCUUUUAAUUCCUACAUUGACCUGCUUAGCUACACUAUUUUCCCAAGUACUUGGUUAAAUACUUUGCUGGGUCUGUAUCUGGACCGCGGUGCAGCAGUUAACAACACCUGGUCUAGGGUUGUGUUACAUUUCUAGGGUAUUUUUUUGUGUGUGUGUGUUUUUUUUUCUGUGACUUCUUCCAGUCCCUCCAGGAUUUUGCAAAAUCAAGCAAACUCAGAAAUAGCAAUAUUCAGAGGAGCUCGCAAUUUUUCACAAUUACCGCAGAUACGGGCCGAGACGCGGCAUGUGACGUCAUCGCAACGCGCAUUCAGCCAAAGCCCCCUUUGAUUCACGUGCGUGGAACACGAGUACAGCUAAAAGGUCUCAUUUACCAAAAACAUCACUGUGAAAGACCGUGCAGAACAAUUUCGUGCGAUCGCAAUUUCGCCAAUUCAAAUAGUUUUCCACAAAAAAAAAAAACAAAAAACACACAAUAAACUUUUUACAUCGCAUAACAGAUUAAAAAAAAAAAGCCACAGGAAAAUCAAUCACAGCAACAAUCCCCCCCCCCCCACCCCCCAAAAAAAACUCUGCAAAAUCCUGUAUGGACUGUUCUUCUUAUGAGUGUUGGUGCCUCUGCUAUAGACUUAAACCAGAAGCAAUAGAUACAGUAGAUUUGCAUUCGUUUGUUUCUUAAAGGAAUGAAAAUUAUAUUUGAUAGAAGGAAAAUGAUUGAAUUACAGAACAGGUCUGUGAACAGUGAGAGAGAGAGAGAGUAACUCUCUCGUACAGGAGUAUUUAGACCAAAACACUGACAUGCUAACUAUCAAGAUGUUAGAUAUCAGCCCUCGGUUGGCAUUAUAGAGCUAAUUAGGGCCUACUAACCUUUAGCCAUGUUUGUAUUUUGGUCAAACGGUUUCCUUUACAAAGCGUUUUAAAUGUGUAAAUGAAACGGAUACAAACAAGCUGUUUAACACUUGUUAAAAUAAAGCUACAUUUUAUUCAGAACAAGAUAACAUGCUGUAUGUACAGUCUAUUGUUACUGUAUAUUCUUAUUCUUUUUCUCUCUCCCCCCCCCCCCC